AUGAAACCCGCAUCUUGUCUCUUAUUCUCUGGCUUCGCCUUUCAGGCAGCCUCGGCCGCAACAUGGUCACCGGAUCUCCGCGCGGACACCAAUCGUGAUGGGAUUGUCGACGUGGUAGGCUCUUCAGACCGCAGCAAUAAGACUGCUUGGAACGCUGAGCUUGAAGCUAUCUUCCUUCCCAACAUCGGUGACAAGUACCUGCGUUGCGCCAACACAGACAAAGUUGGCAAUCCAUUGAGCAACGAUGAGCUAGCUGCCUGUAACGACGCUUCUGGGCAUCUACUCCUGGCCCCCGAAUACGUUGCACCUCUUCGCACUGUACCCAUGAAUGUUUCGGACGAUGUGGCUGCUCGCAUCUACGCCACGCCACAAGCAGCGUACGAACGAGUUCGACUGUUUGUUCUAGAUAAUCCGGAAGACAAGAACUCAACUACAUCAUGGCGUCUGGUCGACCAAGAAUUCCAAUUCAAUGCUACCCAAUUGCGCGCUGGAAUCACCCUUGGAAUCGAUGGCCGCGAACUUGUAACAAAUGCGUCCGUGUGGGAUGGGUCGGUGGUUAUUCGCUUCGAUGUCUUCAACGAUCUCGACCAGUCCAGCGACAGUGUUGCGAUGAAGAUGGCUCCAGUCCUGAUCCACCACCAUCUGCAGAAGGUAGAGACGAUUAUCGCUACCGAUUCAAACUCCACGAAUCCUGACCAACAGAAUUUUGUUCGCCAAAUAGAGGCUGCUCGUCAGACUGCUGGAAUUGCAAAUCAGCUGAUACUUUUCAAUCAGUCUGAUGAUAUUUGGGCGCAAGACUUCAUUGAACCGGGUUACGCCAGUAUGCCGGGGCCUAAUGGACCAAUCGCAAUCCGUGUUAUCCUCCGCUCGGCACAAUCGACCCGUACAGGAGGCCGUCAGGUGUUCGAGCAACUUCGCGGGCCAGGUGUUGGAGGCUUUCAACCCUCAGCUGGCACAGGAUCUGGGUUUGGCCACAGGGAGAUCAACAGCUUCGGCAAUCUGGAGACAAUCCCCCCUUACACUUCGAAGAGUGGCGAGAGCUACCCCGUUGGACGCAUCAUCAUGGGCAAGCACUUUGAAGAGAAACCCGCAGCUGCAGUUUUGGACUUCCUCCAUGAUCAGCAGCUACAGUCGCCACUUCUACUUGAGACAGGCUGGCUGCUGAUCGGGCACGUUGACGAAUUCGUACAAUUUUUGCCAUACGAUAAUGAAUUGGGCUUCACGAUCGCUAUAGCGGAUACAGUAUCGGGAAUGAAUAUGCUGAGGAAGCUUCAGACUGACGGACACGGCGGAAUCCGUGCAAUCAGUUUCCCGGGCGACACAGGAGCGUCAGUGCCAGAUAAGAACGGUACAAUCAACCAACUUCUUUCUAAUGCAACAUUCGUUGAGGCGAACAACUACGCGCAACGCCAUAUUGACGCAAAUCUACAGACGCUGUUAGCAGAAAUACCAUUAAUGGCUGAGGACAUCAUUUACGUGCCUACGCUAUUCCAGGAAAGUAAUUUCGGCAGCGGAUUUGGGUCCCCGGAUGGACUGCCAUCGCGCUUCGCCACCAUUCCGGCGAAUGAAAAGCUGCUAGUGGCUUUCUCCCCUGCUGCAAUCAACGGGAUCGUCAUCGGGAGCCAAUAUUUCAGCCCGAAGCCCUGGGGUCCUGUGGUGAACGGGUCGGAUGUGCUUGAGCGAGCGGUGGAAGCGGCUUACGCAAGGGCUGGAAUGAGUGUAGGAUUCGUCGACGACUUUUUGAGCCAUCACGUCGGAGGAGGAGAGAUCCACUGCGGAUCGAACACCCUCCGCCAGACGGAUGCAAUAUGGUGGGAGUAG